CGACAACGCAUCGCAUCAUGACCACCGAAGUUCUUCCCAAUAUCUGCGGCCACCCUGCACCUCUCUUUCUUUACUACUUCUGCAUUCCUCCCCCCUGUACGACAAUGUUCUGAUAUUCGAAUUGGCACAAUCAUCAUCUUCCGCGCGUUCUUCUAGUCCUUAGCGAUUGCUUGCUCGUGCUCUAGCCGCUGUGCUUCCAUCCAUUCAUCCCUCGCAUCAUUAUCAUCACCACCUCCUGCAUCACACCGCAUAGCCCGCCUUUCCACUAGUCACCCUCCGCGUUCAUACCUGCAUAUUCUUAGGAAGCUAUACCGACAAUUCGAGCGUCUUUUAAUUUUCCUAUCGUGAGGCGCAUACAAAAUUGUGCUGUGGAUACUGCAGCGCCGCAAUCUUCAGUCCAUUCCGCGACAUCACUCAUUAAUCUUCGCAUACCUUGCUCAACCAACAUACCUCGAAUCCACUCAUGAAGUUUUAAAAAAUGGAUCCCCAUAGGAACAGUGUUUCCUUCUCGCGCACCGACAAUCCCCCUCCUCAACCUCUGCCCGACAACUACCCCUCAAAACGUCCUGCAUCAUACCGCCGACCAGUCGACGCAUCUCCGUCAACAUUGCAGCAACCCGCUCAAUCUCUUCCAAAUGCUGUUCCGAGCAAUUCUGCACGGACAGUCGCAAAUGCUCCCAUUUCCAAUGUCCCAGCUCGAUCUGCCUCGCACCGGCGAAGGCAAAGCCAGCAAAUCCCUCCCUUGCCAACGGGUAGCAUGUCGCCUCCUCCCGCACCCGAUGUACCUCGUGGCCCUCCACCAACUUCAUAUAGGGACCCUUAUGCUCCGAAAGGAAGCUCUCGCCCCAGCCGUUCUUAUUCACGACGAGACCCAGCCGUUCACCUAAACUCGAGUAGACACCAGCCGACUAUACAGAUUGCGCCCGAGCGAUUGCGUUCACCCCCAUAUGCGCCAGUUGAGAAUCCCUCAGGGAACAUAGACGGUCUCCUCUCCACGCAGCCGCGAGUCCCAUCUGUACCAGACCGGUCUCCCCUCCAAAAACUUGAAGGAAAGCUGGAUGAUAUAAGCAAAGAGGAAAAACGGGCCCGAAUGCUCGAAUUGGAACUCGCUGCCCAGGAGAAAGCCGAGGCAGAGAUCAGGGCCAGACGAGCGAGGGAGGCCAAGGCAAAGCAGCAACAGCAGCGCAAUGUGUCUGGGCCACUACCUAAUGCAGAACGCAUUUCUGCGGUGCCUGGGCGCGUUAACAGUCAACGGCGACACGUAUCAAUGCCUAUAGAAGCGGUCCCGAGGUCCGCAGAGAUUGGCGAUAUCGAUGGCUCUGAUGACGGAGUCAUGUAUGACCUGAGUGAUCCCUGGGAUCCUCAGGGGCAGAGCUCACAGCAGGCGGCUCCUGGCCGCAAUAAAAGUGUAAAGGGAAAAGCACCCAUCGCGGUAGCUCGAGGGUCUAAUAGUGUACAUGGCCGUCCUGAACAGAGGGGCCAGAAUGUCGAUAGGAAACCUAUUCCCCAACCUGCCGGACUAGGUCUUUACGGAGUCGAUGACCCUCCCCAUGCGUCCAGGCAAAACGGCGCCCAGGUUGCCCGUUACGACAGCCACCGCCUCUCGAAAGACCUCCCACCGACACCGAGAUCAACAGCAACCGUGAACGACAGGAGAAGGGAUAGUCGAGGCAUUAUGGCAGCGCAGAUGGAGAUGGAACGAGAACGUCUCGAUAACAAAGGCUUAACAAGAGUUAUCUCACCACUCGAUCCUUCUGCACCGACUACGGGCCCCAUGCCCAGACGCAGUGUUGGUUUUGCACCAUCUGUCACCGGACCUGUUACUGGGCCUGUUACUGGGCCUGUUACUGGACCUGUCACUGGACCUGUCACUGGACCGGAGCCCGAAUAUCUUCCCGAUACUUAUGAUCAGCUUGACAAAAGUGAUGUCUUCAGUAAUCAUGAGCCAGAUAGGCGAUACGUAGCACCCAAGAUGUUGGAAGAAUGGAGAGGUGCACCAAUCGCAUCUCUGAUCGAGGAGGACCUUGAUUUAGACGCCCCCGAGAGGUCUGAUAGCACCAACAAAGCUUGGUGGGAGGAAAAUCAAUCCACUCGACGGAGGCGAUCCAGCAACUAUGCACAACCAACUUACGACGGCUACGUCGACGAGCCGACGAGCCAAACGACUUUCAACCCACCACUAUAUCUCAAGUGUGGCCCGCUUCUACGAUAUGCGGGUAUGCGCCGGGAGAAAGGUCGACCUGGAAGAGACCGUGAAAUCUGGCGUGGAAGUGUCAUGAUUGUGACAUUGGACGAAGCUUCUUCUUAUGAGAGACCUCCAACGUUACGUUUGUUCAAACAGCCCAUGGAUUUGUUGCCACCUCCACCUGCCGAGAUCGAUUCCGAAGGCCAGCCAUUGAAUCCGGCAUACGUUGACCCGCUUGAGGGUCAAAUCAAAAUGUCGCGAUCCGGAAAGACACUUUAUGCUCGACCUGUGGACGAGAUUCCAGAAAAUCAGGAUGUGUCAUGGAUGGAGAAUGACAACGGCCUUUUCCAAGAGUCACGCCCCGUCUCUAAUGGCAGCGGUUCUCAUCAGUCCUCUCGUAUUCGAAAGAAGGACGGAGAGAAGAUUGGUAAAGUGAAGGAAAUCGUUGGAACUCGGCUGCACGCUGAGCGUGGUGUGACUUUUUGGCGGUUUAAUCUUGAAGUUUCACUCGGCUCAAGCCAAGCUCGAAUUGCAUACAGGAUCAAUCGUGGACCAGCCAUUGGCUUCUGGGUGCCUGCAAAGGGAGAAACCAUGAACAUGAUGUUCCACAGCUGCAACGGUUUCUCUUUGAGUGUGGACUCUAAAGAGUUCUGUGGCCCAGACCCAAUGUGGCGAGAUGUAAUGAACAAUCACCAGACUCGACCCUUCCAUGUCAUGAUCGGUGGAGGUGAUCAAAUAUACAACGAUGCGGCAAUGCGCGACACGACUUUGUUCCGACAAUGGACCGAAAGCAGGAACCCCAUGCAAAAACAUCACACAAGCUUCUCUUCGGAGCUGCAAAACGAAUUGGAGCAAUUCUAUCUGGAUCGAUAUUCGAUGUGGUUCUCUCAAGGGUUGUUUGGAAUGGCUAAUUCUCAAAUUCCGAUGAUCAACAUCUGGGAUGACCACGAUAUCAUUGACGGAUUUGGAUCUUAUCCUCAUCAUUUCAUGUCAACUCCGGUCUUCACAGGCCUGGGUGCUGUUGCCUUCAAAUACUAUAUGCUAUUCCAACAUCAAUCGGUGGCUUCGGAGACCACAGCAACUGAGCCUUCCUGGGUGCUGGGCGCGCACCCCGGCCCUUACAUCAAGGAGCAGUCUCGGAGUGUCUUCAUGUCCCUUGGGCGGCAAGUGGCCUUCCUUGGCCUUGACUGCCGUACUGAGCGCCAGCGCGAUGAGAUCAUGACAGAGGACACCUACGAUGUAGUGUUUGACCGUCUAGAGGAGGAAAUCAUCAAAGGAGAGACGAGGCAUCUGAUCGUCCUUCUGGGUGUUCCAAUUGCGUAUCCGAGGUUGAAUUUCCUGGAGAAUAUUCUCACCAGCAGGAUCAUGGACCCUGUCAAGGCCAUUGGACGUACUGGUUUGCUAGGCAACUUUGUGAACAAGUUUGAUGGAGGUGUAGAGAUCCUGGAUGAUCUCGACGACCACUGGACGGCUAAGCACCACAAAGACGAAAGAAACUGGCUCAUUCGCGAGUUGCAGCAUAUCGCUUCUACAAAGUCUGUUCGAGUCACAAUCUUGGGAGGUGACGUUCAUCUGGGCGCCGUCGGUCAAUUCUACAGCAACAAGAAGCUCAACAUUCCCAAGGACAAGGACCACCGGUACAUGCCGAACGUUAUUAGUUCCGCCAUUGUCAAUACUCCUCCCCCGGAGAUGAUGGCCGAUAUCCUCAACAAGCGUAACAAGGUCCAUCAUCUUGAUCCCUUUACUGACGAAGACAUGAUACCACUCUUCUUAAGCGACUCGGAUGGGAAGAAGAGAAACAACACACACCUCCUUCCUCGCAGGAAUUGGUGUAGUCUAAGGGAGUACAAACCUGGAACAACACCUCCUUCGACACCUCCUGGAUCACCUCCGAAGUUGAGCAGGACACUCUCAGACUCCGCGCCUGGAAAGAUGAUACGCAGGAUGAGUGCAGGUGGACGUCGGGGCCGCGAUCGAGGACCUCCAAUGUCUUACUACAACAACCCCGCCUAUGCUGCAGCCGACGAGGGCCAAGCCGGCGUACAGUCCUCCUUCUCUCCUGAACCUGAAGAACGCCCCCGAUCUCGUCGUAAUUCGUUGAUAUCACUAUUCCGCCGUCGUGCAUCAGUCGAUUCGGUCAACCCGCCUGGCUCAGCCCACAGCAUGCCAGCGCCGCAACAGAAGCGUAAUUCCAUGGCCAGUGCGGGCGCCGUCUCCAUGGACCGACCCAGUCCCUUCCAUCGCCGACCUUCCCUGCUGGUCAAGAAGUCUCACAAGCAAGAAGGGGAUUUCAUUAACCUCGAAGGAGGGUUGGACAUCUGCCUCAACAUGGAAGUGUCUCAACAUGACCCCGCUGGCAUCACUGCGCCAUAUCGUCUCCUCGUUCCAGCACUCGAUUAUGGCCCAACUGAGACACCCAAUGUCGAGAAGGAAAAACGAAAGUCUCGCAUUGGCAGUAUGUUUGGCGCAUUCGGGGGUGGCCGACGACGACGCCAGCGAACAGUAGGAGACGAUGGAUACUCUCACUCUGGCAGCUCCAUCCAGUCCUCGCGGGCACCCUCGAUAUCAUCUGCAGAGGAGGAAGAGCUGGAAAGGCAGAGGUACAAAGUUGGACCACGCAUUCUGAUCCCAGGUUUUUCUAAAAGAAGAAACUCUAAAUCAGGCGUGCCAGCUAACACCACUCGUGGAAAAGCAGCAGCACCGCAUUCCGGAGAAGACCGUCGCGCAAGCGCCAGCGCACAUGGCCGGCCGCAAAACUUAAACGACUACUCCGAAAACCUCGCUCCCUCCGCAGGUGGCUACGGCACCGCAGACGCACAUCAUCAUCAAAGCCGUCGCGCAUCCGCACACAUGACCUCCUACGACGACCCUUCACAGCGAUCCGCACAGCCAGCCACUACAUCGUACGGGCACACACAUACCCAAACCGCCGCUCUACCGCACCGGUCAGCCAGCACCCGGAACCCCAGCUACAACAACUCUAGCCACAAGUCCCAACUCCCGUCCGCUGCCGCUGCCGCCGCACCGCCGCCGUCCAACGAGCCCGAACCCAAGGUCUACCGCCGCAGCAUGGGCGGCAUCCUCAACCAGCACCGCGGCGACCGCUUCGAACACGACGCCCACGUCCUCGCGCACACCCCCAGCCAAAAGAAACGCGAGUCCUACCCCCCACACCCCGCGAUCGUAGGCUCCGGCCCCGGGAGCCCCUAUUCCCGCGGCGGCGUCGAGGCCCGCGACGACACAGGAUACUUCGCCAGCGGCGGCCGGAACGGCUCCGCGGGCGUCGGCGCGAAGUACCUCGGCGGUGGACGCUACGCGGAUCCCGACGAGAUCGACGACGACGAUGUGGGCAGGAUGUACAGCGAUGGGGAGUCGGAGCUCAGCCAGCCGAGCUUCACGCCGCCGAAGCCGAAGAGCAAGUGGAAGAUUUGGAAGUGAUGACCUCCAAAACUACCUCAGCUAAAUCAAACAUUUCUAUUUCUUGUGCUUUUUUUUCUUUCUCUUCUCUUGUUCUUACAUAGCUUUGCUUUUGCACAUACUUUUAAUUUCCAGUGGGGGCAAAGGGUGGUUGGAUUAGGUACAAGGUACAUACGGAAUGACGAACGAUGACGACUGAGACGAAAGGGACAUAUGGGUCGGAUUGGUGGUAAUAAUAACACUCAAAAAGGGACGAGCAUCUAUGAGCGAAAGGCAUUUGGGAGUUUGAUUUCUUUUGGGGCAUUUAUCAUCUUGGGCAUCUUGUUAUAUCUCCAAGCGUAGCGUUUCUUUAUCUGCGCUUAGUUAUAUAUCUACCUUUUUGACCAGCCCUGCUUUUCGGAAAACGUAG